GUCUGCUUCGCUAUUCUCCUCACCGACAUCCUGGCUUUCAUUCGCUGUUGCUGUUCGCUGCCGUUCCAGCUGUCAUGUCUUCAGGGCUCCAGCAACACUCCCCCACGGAUACACUAAGCUAACACAUGUUUCCCCACCACCAGACUUGAGCGCGUCAUUCGUGUGGCGGAGUCAGGAAAACUUUCCCCUCCGCUGCUCGGUGACAGCUUCGCGUUUUGGGGAGUCUGGCUGGUUUAAAGAAGCUUUUCACGUUCCCGCUUUCUACUUUUACCUUGGAACGCUUCCCCAAUCUCGCUUUUGUGUCGGCUCAAGUCACAAGUGGGGAGUUUCCACCCGUUUUUCACCAUGAGAAGCUGGCGGCGGAGGAAGAACUCUGGCUUUCUCGUCUUCGCUGUCAUCUGGUGCCUGACCUCGGCAAUCGCUAACGUUGACACCGCGAUUUACAACACUCUGGAGGGAAGUGCCUCUGCCAAGGUCGAGCAGCCACCUCAAGCAGAACGCUAUGGGACCACUGUACCUCUGCUGCUUACUGGCCGACACAGCAGACCCCUCAGCCAACUCGAGCCAGGGGAUUAUCCGGCGACCCUCCGGCUGCUGGUCCGAGCUGAAGGUGAACAGCUAGUCCUACUGCUGGAGAAAAACGAGCGUCUUUUCGCCAGCCAUUACACAGAGACGCACUACCAGAACGAUGGACGUGUUGUCACCGGUGCGCACAACUCGACGAAGAACUGCUACUAUCACGGGGAGGUGCAGGCGCAUCCCAACUCUGACGUCACCCUCAGCGCCUGCUCGGGCCUUCGAGGCUUCAUUGUGCUUGAAAACAAGUCGUUCGUCAUCGAGCCGACGUCCGGCAAAGGCCCGGACGUCCACUUCAUCUACCGAGCGGAGGAACUGCGUCUGACCCCGGGGGACUGCGGUCACGGCUUCAACAUGUCCUCCGUGGCCCUGGAAAACUACCUGAAAAGCCCCGCCCAGGCCUUCCACCUGAGGCACAAAAGGGACGCGCAGAAAACCACCAAAUAUGUGGAGCUGAUCAUCGUUGCAGACAACCGAGAGUUUCAAAAACACGGGAGUGACGUGGAGAGGGUGAAACAGAGACUUGCAGAAAUCGCUAAUUAUGUGGACAAGUUUUACAGAGCGCUGAACAUCCGUGUGGCCUUGGUCGGUCUGGAGGUGUGGAGCGACCACGACAAAUGUCCCAUCACGCAGGAUCCCUUCACCACCCUUCACGAGUUCCUAGACUGGCGCAAAGUCAAGCUGCUUCCCAAGAAACCUCACGACAACGCUCAGCUCAUAAGCGGGGUCUACUUCCAGGGCACCACCAUUGGCAUGGCGCCCAUCAUGAGCAUGUGCACGGCCGAGCAGUCUGGAGGCAUCGUCAUGGAUCACUCCGAGAACCCGCUGGGUGCCGCCGUGACGUUGGCUCACGAGCUGGGCCACAAUUUUGGCAUGAAUCACGACACGCCGGAGCGCGGCUGCGGCUGCAAGAUGACGGUGGAUCGCGGCGGCUGCAUCAUGACGCCCUCCACGGGAUAUCCGUUCCCAACGGUGUUCAGCACGUGCAGCAAGAAGGACCUCGCAGCCAGUCUGGAGAAAGGCGUGGGCAUGUGUCUGUACAACAUGCCAGAGGUCAAGGUGCUCUACGGGGGCCAGAAGUGCGGCAACGGCUACGUAGAGGAAGGGGAGGAGUGUGACUGCGGAGAGCUUGAGGAAUGUUUGAAUCCGUGCUGCAACGCCACCACGUGCACACUGAAAGGAGAUGCCGUGUGUGCCCACGGACAGUGCUGUGAAGACUGCCAGCUCAAACCAGCAGGCACCAUGUGUCGCGAGUCCGGCAACUCCUGCGACCUGCCAGAGUUCUGCACUGGCGCCGACCCUCACUGCCCGGCCAACGUUUAUCUCCAUGACGGCCACGCCUGUCACGUCGUGGAGGGCUACUGCUACAACGGCAUCUGUCAGACGCACGAGCAGCAGUGCAUCACCCUAUGGGGUCCAGGAGCCAAGCCAGCCCCGGGGAUCUGCUUUGAGCGAGUCAACUCCGCAGGGGAUCCUUACGGGAACUGUGGGAAGGAUUCCAAAGGCUCCUUUGCCAAAUGCGAUGCAAGGGAUGCAAAGUGUGGUAAAAUCCAGUGCCAGGGCGGCGCCAACCGGCCAGUGAUUGGCACCAACGCCGUUUCCAUCGAAACCAACAUCCCACUCCAGGUGGGGGGUCGCAUCCUAUGUCGAGGGACGCAUGUUUACCUGGGAGAUGACAUGCCAGAUCCCGGUCUUGUUCUGGCUGGCACCAAAUGUGGAGACGGGAGGGUGUGUCUGAAUCGCCAAUGCCAGAACGUCAGCGUCUUCGGCGUGCACGAGUGCUCGGGAAAGUGCAACGGACGUGGGGUGUGCAACAACAAGAAGAACUGCCACUGCGAAGCACACUGGGCGCCCCCAUUCUGCGAAGGGGCCGGCUUCGGCGGAAGCAUCGACAGCGGGCCGACAAGAUUGGCAGCCGACGGCGUGCUGCUCAUCGUGGCCGUCCUGGUGACCAUGAGUGGCCUGCUGCUGGCCAGCGGCCUCGUCUUCCUCAAGAGGAAGACGCUGCUGCGACUGCUCUUCACCCACAGGAAGAGCACCUUGGAGAAGCUCAGAUCCAUCGAGGCCAAGAGACCCACCAGCCCUGCCAGGACCCAGUCCAUGUGCAGACCGUUCCCACAACGUAAACCUCCUCCUAAACCCUGUGGAGCCAGCAUUUACAAGCCGUCCCUCCUGAGUGCCGAGCCCCUGCUCCCGGCGCACAAGUUCCACUCGCACAGCCUGCGCCGCCUGCCGCUCUACCAGCCGCUGCACAUCAGCCAGCCCAUGCCCGUGUCGCUCAGCGUAGGCCAGCCCACCCUGCCUCCUCUGCCCGCCCGACACAGGCUGCCUCCGGCCCAGCGCCAUGACAGCACUCCGUCGCCGCCCGGCGUGCCGCCUUUCUUCAGUCUGCCCCGCCAGCCCGUGUCCUACCGACUGGGCCAGGACUUCGACAAGCCGAGUCCCCCCCAGAAGCCGCUUCCCGCCGACCCGCUGGGCCGAAAAGCUCGCCUGGGUCACGGGGCCUCCGUGUCGGGCCUUCACGUCCCCGGGAGAGGACCGCUGCCCAUCCCGAUCCCCACUGUGCCCAAGCCGCCACCCGCCAUCCCGUUCCCCUUCAGACCCGCACCAGUGUUGCCCUACAGACCACCAAAGACCCCCAAAGACUGCUGAGCACAUCUCCCAGACAGAGGGAGUCUCUCUCGCUCUCGCUCUCUCUCUUUCUCUCUCUCUCUCUCUCUCUCUCUCUCUCUCUCUCUCUCUCUCUCUCUCUCUCUCUCUCUCUCUCUCUCUCUCUCUCGCAUACUUUUAUUUGCACUAAUUCAUCACUAAGGCUCAGCUGGACUGGUCAUUAGGCCCUAGACUGGACACCAAGUAUGUAAAAAGAGCGGCGGAACGUUUGCUUGUGACACUUUUUUGGACAUUUGAAAGCAAAAAACAAAAAAAUGAACACUGGCGUCACGCCGGUGGUGCUUUCUAACUUAAAGGUGCUCUAUCUUGUCCUCGCUCAGGUACCAAUGGACUAUUUAUUAUUUUAUUUGUGCACGCUCUUCCGAAACCAGGAAGGUUGGACGUUCAUGGAGAAGGUGUUUUAUACAUUUAGGAAGCAAAAUGUAUGUGUUUUAAAACAUCAAGAUGCAAGGACAAAAGGGAACUAAGUGAGUUUGUCCUCCUUAAUUAAACAAAAUCUGUUUGUUCUGUGUAAAUUCAGCAAAAAACAACAACAUGGCAAUUCAUGGACUGGUUGGUUUAAAAAGAAAAAUGAAGAUAUUGGAUAAUCUUCAUGUUGAAUUUCUUCUUAGUCACAAACUUAUCAAUACAUAAUGACACCAAUUAUUUUGGAGUUUACAGCCACGCGUGAUGAUGUCAUCAGCACAUUUUUCUGUCCAGCGAACUGUUGGUUUUGUGUCUGGAGCAUUGCGCUUUGGAUUUUUGUACAAUUUGUGCUUUACCGCAAUGUGUUUUCUCCUUAGCCUCCCUUUUGCUUAUUCCAUCAGCGUGUUCAGUGACACGUGCGAGUAGGCAAGGUCAUAGUGCGGAAUACUUGUGCAACUUUUGUCUUUAUGCCGUUUGUACAUCCUAAAUGUAUUCUUUUCUUCGCAUAAAGGCAACAAAAGCCAUGUAAGGACCACUG